GCACUUCCACUUUACGCUCUGGCAAAUCAUCCUAACAGACACCCUCUACCCUAAGGGGACAGAAUGCACAGAACUAUCAACUGGAGAAAAGAUGUUCUUGGGCUCUGGGAUCAUUCUUUUCUCAGUUGUUAUAGUGGCUGAUGCACUAAGUUUGGUACAGAAGACUAUAUCUGUGACAGCAACUGUGGGCGAUACUGCUGUCCUCACCUGCGAAGCCACUGGGCUGAGCUCGAGUGACUAUGUCCAUUGGUACCAGAAGAAAGAAGGGGAACCUUUCAAAAGAGUGCUCUACAUUGACUUUGGUGGUCGUAAAGUACAUGAUUCCACUCAUGCACAAAAAAAUUCUUUCUCUGUUGAAAAAUCUAACCCUCCUUAUGAUCUGAGGAUUGACUCUGUAGAAAUGGCCCAUGCCGCCACCUACUACUGUGCCAGCUGGUGUGAUGCAGGCUACGCGUAUAAACUUUUUGCAUCUGGAACAAAACUCAUUGUUUUGUCAACAAAGGAGACCAAGCCGUUGAAAGCCCCGACAGUGAUCGCUUACCCACCGUCUAAGCCGCAAAAUGGAAAGACAACUUUGCUAUGUGUCGCCAUGGACAUGUUUCCCGACAUUGCCAGAUUCAAGUGGAAAGAAGGAGACAAUGACGUUGCCAGCGCGAAUCAAAAGGUUCUGGAGCAGAAAAUGGAGAGUGGUACCGCCAGUAUGUUGAUAAUCGAUGAAAUUAAUGCUGAGUCGAAACACACGUGUACGGUGGAACACGAAGGAACCACAAAGACAAUACAGAAAGAAAUACCAGCAGGUCCCAUCAUAGAAGUAGACCCUGGAGCUAACUCAAGGGUGGAGACGGAGGUGACAGUUUGCAAUGGUACACAACCGAAGCAGAUAGACCUACACCGGAUCUCUGAUGAAUCUUUUGGGCUCUCGAGGAGUCUGUAUCUGGCGAGCCUCACCUACACCUUGAUGAUUCUGAAGAGCGUUGGGUACUUCGGUGUUGCGUGCCUCAUUAUGUUCAAGAGGUCCACCAACCGGCCCGUAAAAAGAAUCUAAUCCCUGUUUUCUGGUCUCCAUCCAUUCUUGUAGGCCUAAAAUAAUCAUUAGUUUGUCGUUUUCUAGUCUUUCCAAAUAUAUGGCUACCUGAUAUACACCUAUUGGUUUUGUUCACAUAGUUCAUUCAUCUGCUUGUUUAAAUUAUGAACCGUAACAAAACCAGCCUGUAUCUAUUGCAUGCAUAUUCAAUGUUUUGGAUGUGUCUGGUAUACGUAAACUGUAGGCUAUUCUACUGUUUCCAGAUUUAGCGUUAUUAGUGCCUGUUGCCUUCGCGAUCGUGGUCAAAGGAAACUUCGCUUGUUUAGUCUGCUGGGAUUAAUUACACAAUUAAUUAAAAGUUUAUGUAUUUUCGAAAAUGCACUUAUACUUGUUCAUGUUAAUGAUUUUCUUUCUGUUUUUAUUUUAUAACACAACAUUUAUUUACAUUUUCUAUUAUUAGGCCUAUAUGAAAAUUUCCAAUGGGAGCUUUGACAUGAAGGCCAUUAUGGAUUCCAUUAGUACAAAAAGGGUUUCAUUUUGAUUAGCCUAUUUUUUCGUCUUUUCUAAUUGACUAAUAAAAUUUAUUUGCUGCAUCCA